UAAGUGUUAAAACCCGUUGGAGAUCACGCUGCAAAGAAUAUUUCAAACAGAGAAAGAUGAACGAGUCCGAAAACGGAACAGUUUUAUCAACAGACAAUCGUCUUACUGUCGACGUUGGUGUAACGCUUUUCCUCAUGAUUGCUUGGUUCAUCUCCUGUGGUGUAGCAAAUGAAUUAAGCAAAAAUGUUGAGGAAGGCGAAAAGAGGAUUCCAGAUACCACUCUAAACACAGUGCUAUUAAUAUUGAUAUUCAUACUGAAUAUUACAACUGAUGCUGUCAUGACGUGGAUCUAUUGGAUGGAUGACAAUAUUGUGAACUUUAGGCUCUCCCUUUUAUGCAUAGUUGUUCCUACUCUAGCAAAUAUCGUUACAAUGAUAUUUCUUGUCUUAAAUAAGGAUUAUGGAAUCAACAAGUACAUACCCAUCAUUGCUUCUGUGGUAUGCUCGCCGUUAGUUCAGUUCUUCGUAUUAACGAGGACAUUAGCCUUCCGACCAAAGCAUGUCACUCUUGAAGAUUGGAAGUUGUUGGCAUUGGUGUUAAAUAUUAUUGAAACAACGUUUGAAUCCGUGCCACAAAUUAUUGUUCAGAUCUAUAUCGACUUAAAAAGUACGAUUGAUGAGGAAGUAAGCACAAAGUUCUUCCGGUAUUUCACAAUAGCUACAUCAGUGUUGGGAGUUCUCACGUCAUUAUAUAACGUAAAGAAUGAAGAGAAACAGUUGAAGGACUCCGAAAUAAAGUUUCCAGGAGAGAGCCUUUCAUAUAUUUCAAGUCUUGCUGUAAUUAUACCUAGAGUUAUGAUCCUUGCAGUCUUUGUUUAUGCAGUUGGAACAUAUUGUGCUAUUGUUUUUAUUGUGCAUACCGUUGUAACUCUUGGCAUUGCUUUUUAUGUAGGCUACAAACAUAAGAAAUCAGAAAACGAAAAGGAUAGCUUCAAAAUAGCAUUCAGAAAUGAACGAAAAGUUUGGUAUUUUGGAGGAACCAUUUCGGUGGGUAUUGUGGGGUUCGCUGUACAUCUCAUAGAUUUAUUCCAGACAAAAUGCGACCAACAUGAUUCUUCUAACCAACUUGGAUAUGGGGAAGAGUUAAAGCCUUUACCUUCGUCAUAA